UUCUUACUUUUAUUUUACUUCAAUCAAGCCUUGGAGCACAGACCUAAGACCAGUGGCCUCUCUUUUCCCUUUUAUCACCAGCUUUCAGGCCAUGGCCGACUCGAACUCCUUCGUCUUUGGAACAUUAUCAGCUUCUUCUGCUUCUUUUUCGUCCGGAACAUUUGAUGUCAAAGCCAAACUCCGCCCACGGAAUCGUCUAAUGGUGGCGAAAGGUGGUAGGAAUCGCAGCUCCUUCAGGGCCAACACCGAGUCCUCUGCAACAAAUUCAAAUUUGUCAAAUUCCACUCUUACGACUCCGUUUUCCAACCCCUUCCCGUCAUCACAUCCUCUAUAUAUUACCAGUACCUCUGGUGCCGGAGAGACGACGAAUUUCCCUGCUCCGAUUUCUUCCGGAUUGCAGUCGUCUAACGCUAUGAAUUCGACGGUGUUUGUGCAUGUAUUUGCCAGCUCGUUUGUCACCCACGAUAAAAAGGUCAUGCCAUUGAGCUCAGAUCACGCAGAGAAUUCAUGGAAAGACGCUCAACCCAAUCAGCAUACAAUUCAGAAAGAGAUCGAGACGGUUCCGAAAAUGGAAGAAACUUCUGAAUCUGUUUCGUCUCCACGUUUACCACUGAUACCCAUUUCGCGAAUUUUGAAAGGCAUCCCUCACAGUCCUCACUUUCUUCAGAUUCGGAGCUACUCUGAAGUGGCAAGGAAGAGUUUGAUGGCCGGGUGGGAUCGAGCAUUUGAAGAAACGGUCGAAGAAAUCCAUACUCUGACAGCAAAUGAUUUCUGGUUUAGGUCCAGCAAGCUGUGGAAGACUAUGGAGGAGCUUCAGAGUUUGGGGUACAAUGUGUUUCGGCCGAGGAAAAGAUUAGUGGAAUUAACCGAGUGGAAUUAACCGAGGUGAUGGAGGAGCUCCAGCUGUUCAAAAUGUGGAUUCGGCGAUUGAAGAGCAAGGCCGAGUCUCAUAGAAUGGAAAAGUGCAGGCUGGAGAGUGUAAUUUUGGGCCUACAGAAAAGGGCUGAGAGAGAGAAGGCUGAUUUAGUGGAAAUGCUGGAAGAGGUGACACAGAUGGAAAAAGACACGCCCAAAUUUUAUGCUGCCUUUGCUGCGUUAGCCAUCGAACCCAUGUAGUCUAGAAUUCUCUGGGGCUAGUGGUUCGAUGGCUAUAUGGUACACUCUAAACUGGGCUUUUCGGUGGUCUUUUAGAGCUUUCUGGAAGCUCGGUUUUGUUGAAUGUAACAAAGGGCUAAUACAGAGACGCACAGAGCCCGUUUGUAAUUUUUAUAUGAACUGUAUCAAAAGAAUUUCAACUAAUGCUGCAUUACGCCUAGAAAGAAGAUAUUCGCCUUUUAAAUUAUUUCUUAAAUGAGCAAUGUUACUCUUUGUUGUAAA